CGGUUCUGCUGCCGUUGCGUUUUUCCUCGCGUCACCGCCGGCAUGAAGCCGAUCCUGCUGCAGGGCCAUGAGCGGUCCAUUACACAGAUUAAGUACAACCGCGAGGGAGACCUCCUCUUCACGGUGGCCAAGGACCCUAUCGUCAAUGUAUGGUACUCUGUGAAUGGUGAGAGGCUGGGCACCUAUAUGGGCCAUACCGGAGCUGUGUGGUGUGUGGACGCUGACUGGGACACCAAGCAUGUCCUCACCGGCUCAGCUGACAACAGCUGUCGUCUCUGGGACUGUGAAACAGGGAAGCAGCUGGCCCUACUCAAGACCAAUUCAGCAGUCCGGACCUGUGGCUUUGACUUCGGGGGCAACAUCAUCAUGUUCUCCACGGACAAGCAGAUGGGCUACCAGUGCUUCGUGAGCUUCUUCGACCUGCGGGAUCCGAGCCAGAUUGACACCAACGAGCCCUACAUGAAGAUCCCUUGCAACGACUCCAAGAUCACCAGUGCCGUUUGGGGACCACUUGGCGAGUGCAUCAUUGCAGGCCACGAGGGCGGAGAGCUCAACCAGUAUAGCGCCAAGUCUGGGGAGGUAUUGGUGACUAUUAAGGAGCACUCCCGGCAGAUCAAUGACAUCCAGUUAUCCAGGGACAUGACCAUGUUUGUCACUGCAUCCAAGGACAACACAGCCAAGCUCUUUGACUCCACAACCCUUGAACACCAGAAGACCUUCCGGACAGAACGUCCCGUCAACUCAGCUGCCCUCUCUCCCAACUAUGACCAUGUGGUGCUGGGCGGUGGUCAGGAAGCAAUGGAUGUAACCACCACCUCCACCAGGAUUGGCAAGUUCGAGGCCAGGUUCUUCCACUUGGCCUUUGAAGAAGAGUUUGGAAGAAUCAAGGGUCACUUUGGACCUAUCAACAGUGUUGCCUUCCAUCCUGAUGGCAAGAGCUACAGCAGCGGCGGAGAAGAUGGUUAUGUCCGCAUCCACUACUUCGACCCACAGUACUUUGAAUUUGAGUUUGAGGCUUAAGAAGCCGGAUCUCUGGGAAUUCCCUGGCUAUCCAGUGAUUAGGACUCCGAGCUUCCACUGCAGGGGGCAUGGGUUCUGUCCCUGUUCGGGGAACUAAGAUCCCACAUGCCACAUGGCGUGGACACACACACACCACAAAAAGAAGCCGGAUCUCCAUAUGGGCCAGGUUCACAGAAGGCUUUGGACUCUGAGAAAUAAAUUAGUUUGGAAAUAAAUGGUUUCUGGUCAGAAA